UAACAGGUUGCAGCGUCGCCGCAUAAUGAACUUGUUGCGCUGUUAAUUUGCGCCGCAGUUGUUUUUUUCUACUUACUUUUCUGUCUGGACUUUGAUGGAUGGAUGUGAAAAUAUUCGCGUUAUUGUCUAGCGAGUCGACAUAAAGAGAGAGGAAUUAUUAGAAGGAAGCAGAAGUUAAGAAGAAGAGCAGCAUGAACACACCGUCAGGCCAGAAGAGUCCAGUGGACUAUGGUGUCCAAGUUCGCUACAUUAAGGGCCUUUAUGACAACAGUGGAGGGCAGUCCUUGUCCCAGGCCAAGACCAAGACUCAGACCACCUCAAAAUAUGGUGUUGCAGUCAGGGUACAGGGUAUUGCUGGCCAGCCCUAUGUGUUUCUGAAGGAUGGACAGAAGGGAGAUUCUUAUGGCGUCCAGCUCAAGACUGAAUACCACUCUGGCUAUAAUAGUCUUCCUCGGGGGAGAGACAUGGCUGAGCCAGGAAGACGAGGAGUAGAUGUAGCAGCAGGGCAGGGCGGAGCACUUCGCCGAGCCCAGUCCCAUGGCUCACUACUGGAACGGGAUGCAGAGGGAGGACCAGGCAAUGAAGAUGAGGAUUUCCACUUCAGCAGGCCACUCGGGGAUGUGAAGUCUGGUAGCUAUGGAAGUCUGGAUGGAAGAAGCGGAGUAAGGGGGGAAAGAGACAAUGCUCGGCAUGACUAUGUCAGAGAGGUGGGUAUGCAGAGAAAUAUUUGGGAUGGCGCCUAUAAGGCAGGGCUUAACAGAUCCCUUGGAACAGUGAGGAGUAGUCACUCAUUCCCGGAUCCUGUUCAACAAAUAAACGAGGUUCUCAGACAGACUGCUGUCAACAAACCACUCAACAGGUUUGAUGGUAACAGCAUUGGAGUCCAACAGAGAGGACGAUCUCCUGCACAGCAUGAUCCCAGAGAUGUGUCUCCUGUCCACAAUCCCAACCCAUACUCAUCACCUCCUCCUUCAAUUCACAGUAGCUUGGUGGGAAGCCAGCUCACCAAGGUUACUGGAAACUCUGCCAAUCACUGGAAUCCAGAAGGAAGAUUCGUUGCAGUUGAGGCACCCUUGGCUAAUCUGACUGAAACACAAGUGACUCCUGACCUUCUGGUGGACCAGGGUCAGAGAGCAGAGCUGAGCACUGAAGAAGAGCAGGUUAUACAGAGUAUAUACAGCAUCCUGAAAGAAGGGACCAGUGACAGUGAUGUUGUCAUUAGGCGUAAAGUCAUGGUCAUCUUUCAGAGCAUUCAGAAUCUAAAGCCCGAAGAAAGCCUCAAGGACGAGUGGAUCAGAGAAAAGCAGGAGCUUGAGAGAAAACUGACUCAACUGCAAAAUGCCCUGCAGGUGGAAAAGACGGAUUCUACCAGCUCGGAUCCUCUUCUGAAAGCUAAGUUGGGGUCAUGUCUGGAUGAAAAUCUGAGAUUCCAAGAAAUCCUGGACCGAAAGAGGACAGAAUUAAAUGAAACGCAAUCUGAGUUGACUCAUCUGCGUAUGGACAGGGAGAAUGCAGAGUCACGGGCCAGAGAGAUGGAAGACCAACUGGCUGAGCUUCAGGAUGAACUGAGACGAGAGAGCGGCAACAAAACUGACCUGGUUUCUUGUCAGGCUGAACUGGCUGAAGUAUGCCAACUGAAGCAGAAGCUGGAGGAGACACUGAGGCAGAGAGAGAGGGAGCUAACGGCUCUGAAAGGAGCUCUGAAAGAGGAGGUGGCCACACAUGACAAAGAGAUAGAAGUACUGCGAGAACAGUACAGCGCUGACAUGGAGAGGCUCCGGAGCAGCAUGGAGCAGGUGUCUCAGUCUCACGCAGGUAUCGAGGCAGAGCGGUUGCGUGUCAAUGCUUCAGUUCGUUCUCUACAGCAACAGCUGGAAGACUGUAGAGACGAAAGCAGCCACUGGAUGGAGCAAUUCCACUCCACUAGAGACGAGCUCAGGACAACUAAACAAGAAAAACCAUCCAGCAGCCCUGAAACACUUCUGAUGCAGGCACGUUUAGAAAAAGAGGAAUUUGAAGAUGAACUGAAGGAAGUCAAGGAAAGGAUGAGCACCAUGAAGCAACAGACACCAGACCCCACCCAUACACAAACUCUCAAUCAGGAGCUACAGCGUUGCCAUGCCGAUCUCCAAAAGACAAAAACUGACUUGGACAAGCAGAGAACCGAGUUUGACAAGAAGGUCAUGGAGAUCAUUUCCUUAAAAAAGUCUCACCAGAGCCAGGAGGCUGAACUGAAGUAUGAGAUUGACCGAUUAAAGGGCCAGUUACUGGUGGCUAAAGAGGACAUGGCUAAGGCACAGGAGAAAAACAAACAGCUUCCAAAUCCAAGCAUCAUCUCAGAGCUGGAGCAGAAGCUCAGCAACGCACAAAGUGAAGCUAACCAUCUCAAAGACAAACUUUCAUUGGCGGAUGAGGAUCUGAAGGACAGUAAAGCACAUCUUAGCAGAGUUCAGGCUGAAUUAAACUCACUCCAAGAUGCUCAACGGGAGCAGAAGGAGUCCAACACACGUCUAAGAGAGAAAGUUUCACAGUUGGAGGCUCAGCUGCAAACCAGCACCACAGAGAGUUCAGAGGCAGAACUCGCUCUCCACAGUGAGGUCAGAGGUUUGAGAUCUGAGCUCGACGAAACCAAGAGAAAAGCCUCCAGACUGAGUCAAGAUUACCGUGAGCUCAGUCUGCGUUAUGAGGACAUGGAGAAAGAAAAGGAGACGCUCAAACAAACAGUCAGCCACUUGGAAGGGACUAAACACCAGCAGGAAAGAGCUGUAGAGAAACUCAACAAAGAUUAUGAGUCUCUGGUCGUGUCCUCCAAAGAGGAGGUGCAGGCUCUCAAGGUUCAGAUGGAGGAGCAGAGAGAGCGAGCGCGCAAGGAAAUGCAGGCGGUGCAACGGCACGGAAACGACACACAGGCUGAAAUGGAAAGAAAUCGUAUCAAUCUCCUCAGAUUGGAGGAAGAAAUCUCACGUCAGAAGAAGGAGUUGUUACUCAUUUGUGAGGAGAGAGACAAUCAUCAGCUGGAUAAAGAGCUUCUGUCUAACAGACUGCGACACCUAGAUGGAGAGAUGGAGGCCAGCAAAAACAGCCUAAAUGAAAAAGUCCGGGAGAUUCGCAGCCUGGAGGACAAGCUAAAGCGUAUGGAGGUGGAGCUGGAAGAGGAGAAGAGCAGUGUGGAGAUGCUGACAGACAGAGUGGCCAGGAGCAGAGACCAGAUCGACCAACUCCGCUCUGAGCUCAUGCAAGAGAGGUCAUCCAAACAGGACCUGGAGCUGGACAAGAACGCCAUGGAGAGACAUCUGAAGGAGCUGAGGAGUCGUGUGGCUGAUAUGGAGGGCCAGUCCCGCUCCUCAGCAGGAGUCUCUCAGCUGGAGAGCAAAAUCCAGGAGCUAGAGGAACGUUUGAGGAGUGAGGAAAGAGAGAAGAAUUCCAUGUUGGCCUCACAGCGUCGGUUGGAGAGGAAACUAAAAGAACUUAACAUUACACUGGAUGAGGAGAGACUGCAGCACACUGAGCAGAGAGACCAGCUUGCCCUGAGAGUGAAAGCUCUAAAACGGCAGGUGGAUGAAGGGGAGACUGAGCUGGAACGGCUGGACGGACUGAGACGGAAGGCUCAGAGAGACAUGGAAGAACAGAUGGAGAUGAAAGAGAGUUUGCAGACCAGAGUAGCAACGCUGGAGACGGAGCUCAAAAGGAAAACUCAGGCAACCAUCCGGCCCACUUUGGAUUCAUCAGCCCUCAGCUCGGAGGAAGAGGAUGAUGGCCUGUACGAUCCUUCCACCAUCACCGCCAUCCUCACCGAAAGCAACCUCCAGACCAGCUCCUGUUAAAACAGCACUCCAGGGCCGAAGGUGCAUAAACGGGGCGGUGGUGAGGGACAUAAGUGAACAGCUUGGUAAACUGACAGGAAAGUCGAAAGGCAGAGAGGUGUACACUACAUACAAUGAGGUGUGAGGUCUUGGGACUUAAACUGCGUGUUGUUGUCGUUAAUGAGGGCGUCAGUUUCUACAUAUCACACUGAAUGGAAGGAAACUAAACUCUGCUGGCAUGUCAGGGUGGUUUCCUUCACAGUACAAUGUACAGGCAUACACUGUGGUAUUUUUGGAAGGGUCCCAAUCCUAGCAUGCACGAAGCAAAAUACCCAAACAUUCACAGCUGCACCAAACACAUGACCAUAAAAGAGAAAAACAGAAGCACAGGGACAAAAGAGCAUACAAACAGAGAAGGGGCAUGAGAGGUCUGUUUUUUGUUGUUUUUAAGCUUAUAUGCACUUAAUCUGAGAUCAUAGUGAAUUGUAAAUUUAGAAUGAACUUUGCCGCACUUUUCAUAUAACACAUGCAGUUCAGACUGCUUUAUAUUUAGCCUUUUAAAACCUUCACUGCAGCAGUUGAAACAGUAAUUGAAAUUAAAAUCCAUUAAAAUCUUUUGAAAGAAAAGAAAAUACAGUGGACAGUAAUAAAAAUGAGCAAAUGUUGAUAAGUCAUUAACAAAAGGGAAAAUCUCCCAAAAAGAAUGCCAGAAUUGCUCUUACUUUUUGAGAUGUAUUGUACAGUCACAGACCGACAGGAGUGAUAUUUUUUCACUCAACAACAAUAAUAAUAAUAAUAAUAAAUGCUCCAGUGUAGACACGUUACCUGCUGAGCAGCUAUUUGCACUGAUUGUACAAAUAUGUAAUAAAUCUUACUGAUCACCUCCGACUACAUGCUGACUGAGUGAUUUGAGGUUAGAAAGAAGCUACAAUCAAGAUAAUACUGUAAUCUUUAUGUAAUUAUUCCUCAGAUCUUUUGAGCUUCUCCAAAUAUUCUGUUUUAAAUUAUUGUAUUUUUUUAAGGAGUUGAUGGUUAUUGUUGUUUGU